AUGGUCAAGAUGGACGGAGACAGCAACUUCCUGAUUGAGGACAGAUUCUCCAUGGAGUAUGGGCUUCCUUCAUUGGAUUUGCUUCAGAAUAUCAAACUUCUUGAUGCCCACCAUGAUGAUGAAGGCAGGAUUCAUGUUACAAUUCAACGGGACUUGUUCACUUGUGAUGAAGAAGACAUUGAUGUUAAGUCACACCAGCAGUACAUCAUUUGUGCCUCUGGCAACCUUUCAGAGGAUGGCGACAUGCUCUAUCAUGGCCCCAACAGGGCAACAGGAAGGGUCAACUUCAUGAUUGACGAAGCAAGUCUGUUUGAACAGAACCUGCAGCCCCCUCCACCCAAUGGUACAAAGACCCACUUGGAAGAGGGAUUAGUACUCCAUGGCAACCUUGAUACUGCUGUUGGCCCUCUUCCUUUGGAUGUCCAGAUGACAAAUGUACAACUAGAUUCGACUUCAGCAACAAGCUACAGGUGCAGAGCAUUCAAUAUAUCUGAACCCAUGAAAUUUACAGCCUAUGAAGGCGUUUGGGAAGAGGGCAAAACUGAAAGUAAUGGGGACAGGAAUGAGUUCCUUCACCACACUCUCAUUUACCAUUGCAAUCGACCAUCACCUGGCAUUUUAUCCCAUUCUGAUGGCCAGCCAUGGGACUGUAUGAGCCAAAUGCCAGCAUGUGACAUUGUUAUAUCCUAUGCAGUGGGCACUGGUUUGGCAGAACUCCCAUCAGGAGUGCACUUGCCUCUCAAUGCUGGGCUCAUUGUCCUUCAAGUUCACUAUGAGAACCCCUUCAGAAAGCCUGUUGUGAACGAUUCAUCAGGAUUGAGACUGUGGAUUGAACCUCCAUCAGUGGAUUCAACAAACACCAAGGUAGCUCAACUUGCAACUCAUGAUGGUCUGUUUGAAUCAUUGAGAAUCCCAGCUGACCCAAAGCAAAAAGAAGUCACACUGCAGAUGCUGAUCUCAGCAGAAGCUACAAAGGAAUAUCUUCCUGAAGAGGGGGUCCAGGCCUUUGGUUCUGUGUUACAUAUGCACACACGAGGAAUUCGAGGGAAAGUCAGCUUGAUUCGGAAUGGCACACAUAUCAUGGAUGUCUACAACCACCAAGCCUAUGAUUUUGAACGACAAACAGCAGAUUUUACCCGUUGGACGUUCCUUCCGGGUGACGCCCUUAUCAUAUCAUGCACUUACCGGCCACUAAUUGACAGAGAUGUGGUGGGUGGUCUCAAUACUGAUGAUGAAAUGUGUCAAUUCUAUGUGGGCUGGGCACCAGCAAUUCCAAACUUUGGGAGAGCUAUGGGUGUAUAUGUUAGAGAGGGAGAGCCAUUCAAGAAUACACACAUGGGCAACAACAUCACAGUGAGCCCCAGAGACCUACCCUACAGUGAAUACAAAUAUGCACCCACUCCCAAGAAUAGCAAUGACUUUGUCAAACUCUCAGACCAUCGAAUGAAUGUCUGCAAGUUAUUUGUUGGUGAAAAGCUUGCCGUUAAUGCAAUCACUUAUGGCGACCCAGCAAUCUAUGCUCAGCUGGUUGCCAUUGCUGCUUUUGUGGUGGUCACUUUGCUAUCAAAAAGGACUUUAUUGGGAUUCUUAGGAAUCCAGAACGCUGACUUGAGGGAGCAGCGCAAUGCUGUGGUCUACCUUGGAGAGCUCCUUUUCAGCACAGUGGCUCUCCCAAUCUUGUGCUGGGAUCUGGCUUCAGUAUUUCAGGAAGGGACUGCUCAAAAUGGCGUGGACCCAAACCAGCAUGUUCUCUCUAGAGGCUUGAUGAUGACACAAGCUAUGCUGUAUCUGUUGGAACUCUUCUAUAGGAUUGACAUCCGAUGGUCCCUGGUCAUGCACCAUCUCAUGACCUCAUGUACUGUCAUGUAUCUUUUUGUUGUUGGUUUCACCAACUACCAACUCCUGGCCUUCAAGUUUGGCAUGGCCUUGAUUAUCUUGGCAAUGUCUGAGCAACCACUGUAUAUCAUCCUAUUGCUCCGACUAACUGGAUUUCGUGAGGCCUACACGAGAAUUUGGCCAAGGCUUUGUCAUAUUGCUUGUUUCAUCUUUUUGGCCAGCAGAGUUAUUGUGGUGACCCUCAUUGUUAUUCUCUUGACCCAGCAGGCCGGGUCUGCCGAGCAGGCCGGGUCUGCCGACAUUGCGUGGAAGUUGUUGGACACCAGCUUCCCUGACUGGUACAUGCCUUCCAAUCCUUUCUUUUCCAAUCACAAAGUUGUCAAUGCAAUGCUGAUUGUCUUGUUGGUGACAAUCCUCUUUGCCAACUAUUUUGCUGUCGCUGCCAUGUUGCACAUGGCAAGGCCUUCCAGGAGGGUCGAAGAAAACCAUCAAUCAUUGUCAGGUGUGGAGGCAACACAAGAUGAUGAGAAGUCACUUUCAGAGACAGUUUCAGCAGGACCUCCUCGAAACAGUGCAUUGGAUGUUUGA